CGCAAUAGCGACGAACCAAUAAAAAACGACGCGCAAAUACAAGAGCUUUGUAAAUCAAGUGCAAAACAUUCAUCCAUUUUUGUGUAAUUUGAUUCUAGUAUUUACCAAGUUCGGACGGAUUGUGUUUGUGCUGUAAAGCUCAUAAAAGUGAUUGUUUUGAUUUCGUUCCAAGGCAUGACUACGGCGUGACUUCCAUGCCCUGCGUACCAACGGAAGGGCGUGCAGAUUACGUUUACUAUGAAUGGUUUUAUCUCUUUCUAAACUCGAGUAUCUGUGAAUGACCGAGUGUAAUAGCGAGCGUACCAAAUUAUGGAUUGAAAAGUGUUUGUUGUUUGUAUUUUGAUAUUUGCACCGCAUUGCUGCGAAGUAAUUGCCGUUAUCUCAUUCGGAGAUCGCUGUAGUUGAAAAUAAGCAGUCAUAUGGCGCCAGUUGGACUAGACCGAACACGGAUUAGUUACGCUGUUCGAUUUGUCGAGCGCUUUACUAUUUACGCACUAUUGAAAAGAGAUAGUACGUAUUUUUAGUCGCGUCGACUACGACUAGUGACUUUCAUCAGUGUUCGUAAACAACUUCAAGGUUAUUCGUCAUCGUGCCAGUGCUGAUGCGGAGGUGCUGACAUGGCUGCGAUAUCGGAAGGUGGCGCCAUAGUGCGUCAGGGCCACCUUCGAAAGUUGAAGACGAUGAAGAAAAAAUAUUUCGUGCUGCGUGCAGAAACAGCGGACAGUUCAGCCAGGCUGGAGUAUUACGAGUCCGAGAAGAAGUUUCGUUCCGGCGCGCCACCACGCCGCGUGCUGCCCUUGAAGAGUUGCUACAACAUAACCAGACGACUGGACUUGAAACAGAAGCAUGUGAUUGCAUUGUUUACCCGAGAGGAACAGUUGUGUAUAGUAGCGGAGAACGAGCAGGAUCUACACAGCUGGUUAGCCGCAAUCCUUAAGCUGUUUCGCAAUGAUGAUGCCAGUGAAGAACUAUUACACCCAAUCCAGCACGUGUGGCAAGUAAACGUGCAGAAGAAAGGUUUGGGUGCGUCCAAAAACAUUCAGGGGCUUUACAACCUCUGUCUCACCGACAAGACGCUGACACUGGUCAAGAUCAAGAGCCAGAACAACAUCAUCAGCGACCUGGGCAUUCCCGAGAGGGUGGAGUACUCGCUGAAGAAUAUCAGGAGGUGCGGUGAUUCAGAGUGCUUCUUCUACAUGGAGGUGGGUCGGCAGACCGCCACCGGAGCUGGAGAACUGUGGAUGCACUCAGAUGACUCCAACAUUGCGCAGAGCAUGCACUCCACUAUAUAUCACGCUAUGAGGAACUGUGCGAAAGAGACGGAAAACGAAAAGGACCACAUUGUAGUUCCGGGAAAAAGUUCACUUUUACUAGAGGGUUCGAAUCCACUGCCCGCGAGGAGACAGACCUACUCCGAUGGCAAAAGUGGAAGAGCUGGACUAUACAAUGACAAGGGCCUGUGCGUGGGCGCGUGCAUACGGCAGUGCGUGUGCGCGUCCGCGGAACACUCCAUCGACGACUCGGCCGCGCUCGCCCCCGCGCUCGCGCUCGCCAACGCCGAAAACCAACCGCCGAAUAACACACUAACGCCCGAAAAGCAGGAGCGGCCCGCGCGGCUCAUAAAACACGCGCGCACGGCGUCGCUGCCCGCGGGCUGCUCGUACGCGGAGCCGCUGCGCAUAGUGCACGAGCGCACGCGCUCGGCGCCGCUCACGGGCGACGAGCUGGAGCGCGCCAUCCUCGAGAAGGCGCUCGCGGCGCCCGCGCGGCUCGAGCGGCCCGAGCGGCCCGAGCGCCCCGAGCGGCCCGAGCGGCCCGACAAGCGCGGCCCCUGGAGCCGCCGCGCCAGCACGGGCGCGCGCCUCGCCAAGCUCUCGCCCGCGCAUACCAAGAACGUGAGCACGCUGCGCAACCGCUGCGAGACGAUGCCGUCGCGCGCCUGCUCGUCCUUCGAGUCGGAUAGAGCGCCGCCAAGGCACGCUGAUGUUGUUGACGGAUUGGCUUCAUCACGAGACGACAUCGACUCAUUAUCAGAAUGGUACAGAACACCGCGAAUACCUGAAGAACCAGACUGUUGUGACAUUUUGCCAAGAGACUUUAUGAGCAUGCGCACGGGCUCGGUGGCGCACUCGCGCACGUCGUCGCUGGGCGUGGAGGAGGGCGGGGCGGAGGGCGCGGACGGCUACCUGCCCAUGGCGCCCGCCCACCCCUCCUCCUCCUCUUCCGUCUGCAGCGGCACGCCCUCCACUGACCCGCGCUUCAGCGAGUACCAACUGGAGCCGGCCACCUCCCACAUAGCGGAGGAGCGGUCGACCCGCGCAUACAGCGUGGGGUCGCGGCCGGCGCGCGAGCGGUGCGAGCCGGCGCGGCUGCGCGCGUACAGUGCGGGCGCGCGCCGCCGCCCCGCGCUGCACCCCCACCCCCACCCCCACCCCCACCCCCACCCGCCGCACCCGCACAGGGCAUCCACUGAUGAUUUGAUGGAAAUCGACUUCUCGGCCAACUCGCCUCAGCCCAAGGUGAUAGUAGCGCGCACGCCGCCCGCCGCGGGCUUCUCCGAGACACCUAAAUCGAAACCAAACAUUGACGAAUACGUAGACAUGUCACCGCGCAACGCGGGCUACGUGGAGAUGCGGCCUGGAGAACCGCCCUCCCCCGCACCCCUCGCCUCCACCCCCGCAACCCCCGCGCCUGAUGGUUAUGUGGAGAUGAGCUACGGGAGGAAUAAUAGAGUUCCCACCAGGCCGAUAGCCAUUGCGAACCCGCGCCCACCGCCUGCUGUGUCAUCGUCGCCUGAAAUCCGUCGAAUACGCGAACCUCGUACCCCCCACGGGUCACAAACGAUCUUCCCAUUCUCGCCCGACUCCCCCGCAUCUCCCCCCGAGCUGGACGACAGCCACGCGCUCAGCACCGUGCGCGAGAUCUCGGAGGAGGGGAGGAAGAGCCCCGAGAGGGAACCGGCCCGGUGCGAGGUGUCCUCCUCGCCGCAGUACGUGACGCUGGCGAGGCCGGACAACUUGAACAACAAUAAGACUGCCAGACUUGACGAGCACAGGGGUGAGCUGUUUUUAUGUUCUAUUGCGGGCCGGCUGCACUACGCCGCGCUGGACCUGGAGCCGCGCACGCCGCCCGCCGCGCUGCCGCACCGCCUCUACACGCAGAUCGACUUCCGCCGCAGCGAGAAGUUCGCCGCCGACGCGCUCUAGCCAGAUAUAGCCAGUGCUAGAGAAUUAAAAGUACGAAGCACGCACGCUACCGCCCACCGGACGCUUCCCGCUCGCCGCGUGUGUACCGCAGUUAUACCGCGAGUGUACACGGUAUACACCGGGUAUACACCGCGUAUACCAGUAUACAAGAGUGAGUGACGCUAAUGUACAAAGUUUCGGGCUUGCAGGACGCGACGGCGAACUAUCGAGCGUUCAUUCGAUUUGUGACACGGGAAAGUUUCAGAAACUGUCAUGUCAGUUACAAUUACAUUUAUCCCAGUUUGACUGUCGAGUCAAUACCGUAUUUUUGUUCACUGUCAUCGCCGCAUAUCGUCUGAUUAAAUAAGGCUGUUCGAAUAGCUCAACGUGAGAAAAACUAUAGCUUACUUUCCUAUGUUAUGAAUUAAAUUGUAUAAUAUGUAUAAUCGAUGCGGUUCAUGUCCCAUAUAUAAUUAUACGAGUAAGUUGUGCAUCACAAUGAUUGUGACGUCGAGAUAUUUUCAUAGGCUAUUGUGAGACAAUAGUUUGUACUGCCAAUGUGUGACAGAAUCCGUGGCUUGAGCGGUCUUUGAUAUUAUUAAAAUAUAUAUUAUUAAUAUUAUAUACAAAACGAAAUUUUGUUCGACACGACGUCAAUGAUUUUUGUUUACUUACUGCAAACAUUUCUUUUUUUUUAAUCCCGCUUCUGUUGAUCGUUACUGUUUAUUUUCUGUUUUCUAUUGUACUGUUAAGUUUCUUUUGUCAGGUUACGUACUUUCGUAUUCAUAAGCAAUAUUAAAAAAAUCUAUGUAUUUGUUGAAUCUUAUUGAAAAAAUAUUUGAUUGAAAAGCAACUCUAUGCUCUUGUAAAUAGAGAUCAUACAAAUUAACCGUUUACCGAUUUACUAUUUUAUGAAAUAUUUGACGAAUAUAAUGUUAAAGCAAAUUAAAAUAAUUAGCAAAGAGUAGAUCAAUGAAAUGUUUUUUAAUAAAAUCGACUUUAGGUAUAUAUGAAUACGGUGUUAAAUUUGUUGACAUGGUUAUCCCGUUACACCCACGUCGCUUGCUUCCGACGUAGCGAUACGUUGUUAUAAAUAAAUAAAUAUACACUUGUAUUAUACUCGUAGCAAGGAAAGGGAGACAAAAUCAUGCCAUCUCUCUCUAAGCACAGAUUAUACACGGGACGGCAUCAUUUUGAACUAUAUUUAUCUCGAUUUACAUGUUGUACGUCGCGUUUGUUAUAUAUUUGUAAAAAGAUUAUUAUAUACUAAAUUCACCCGUAUUUGCUUUCAUGGUGUUUAUACAAUUUAGCUACUUCUAUAUAAUAUGUAUUUAUUCUUCGAUUUUAUAUCAAAAAUAUUCUUAGUGGGGAUCGUUUUCUCUUAGCCAAUAACGCGCUUCCAAGAUGUAGGAUUUUUAUUAAAUAAUAAUAAUAAAAUUAGUAAAAAAAAAAUAUUUUUCGUAAUACAUAGUAUAGCUCGGCCAGAAUCGAAGGUGUGUUAGAAUAAUUCCGUCUUAAACAAAUUUUAGACGAUUCGAUCUGUUUGAAAUAGAAAAAAUAUAUUGAUUAAUAGUUUAAAUACGCAUGACGUGUAUAGUCGUCGUUAAAAAUAUGACAAAAUUAAUGAAUAAUCGAAUAUAAACAAUAAAAUAAUAAGAUAUCGUCGGAGAUUCUGGUCGAUCUAUAAAAAUUCUCAUUUUCAAUAUUUUUGAUAUGAAAUUUUUAAAUGUUGUAUCGCUGAUAAAAAUUAGCUCGGUUCAAAUAUUGGUGAGGGUUGUUACAAUAUUCAAAAUAUAAAUAUAAAAAUUACAUUAUAUAGUAAAUAAAUAAAAAAUAAAUAAAAAAAAAUAUUGACUGCAAGAUACAAUAUGACGUUCAAGAAUUGAAUAAAAUAAAAUACGGAACAGAGAUUAUAUGAAAUAUUAUUUAUACGGUUCAAAUUAAUAUCCCAGUGAAACGCAACACAAAUAAAUUACAAACACGUUCAAAUUGAGAAAAAUAAGUAUUAAUUUCCCUAUAUAUAUGUAUAACAAAUUGUAAAAGUAUUGUAUGUUGCAGUCAGCAAAGCCGCGGUUGUGAGUGAGGCCUAAAUAAGUACCCACAGUUACGCCCCUACUACCUAUUGUGUUCGAGUUAGGGUACACUGCAAUACCAUUCACUUCUACAGUUCACUGCUAUUCAUUUAUAUUCGAAAUCUAUCAAAAAUAUACAGAUUUUCCCCAAAAAAUUAUUUAACAAUGAAAUAUUUUAAAUUUUACUGAACUGAAGUUAGGUUUCAUAUAAAUGAAAGCAGUCCACUAACCAAUAAAAUCCUGAGCUUGCCCUUUAUAUUAAAACGUAGGCGUUUAAGGCAUUAGCGAUUUAAUCUUACCUCAAAGAUUUCUCGUACCACCUUGAUUCAAUUUUAUAUAAUUUAAUUUGUGUAUAAUUUGUGUGUACGUUAUAUUUUACCACGAUUAAGUUCGAAGUUCCUUUGCGAGCGUAUGACGCGAGUUAUUUUAUUGUAUACGUUUAGUAUUUUAAUUAUUUUUUUUUUUAAUUACUAAACAUUAUUUUGGUUAUUCGCUUAUCAAAAUAAAAACGAAUGAAGGAAAUACAAUUGUUUCCUAUUUUGAGCUUUAUUCAUUUAAUUUAAUUCUAAUUUUGCAAUUAAUUUUAAAUGUUUUUGGGUUAGACCCGAUAGUUCGAAUGUGAUUUGAACGAUAAUUUUUCUUUAUUUAGGAGGGUCGUCACGAGCGAAUCGAUCGCUGUUUCACAGACAUCGCUGUUUCUUGUGUAGUAUUUUAUACUAAUUAGAGAAAUGCCUUGUUUCAAGCCAAUACAUAUUACAAAAUAUUUAAUUAUACUUACUCUUUAGUCUUUACCUUUUGCAAAUUUGCCAUGGUUUCAUGGAAUGCUCAAAGUAAUGGUAGAGCUGAAAGCUACUAUUAAUUUUGGGCGCAGAAGACUAAUAAUUCGGGAAAUCAAAAGUUUCCGGCUCGAAGGACCAGAACAAAAGUUACUAAGUACCCUCACUAAUCUGUAUGGGUUAGUAAAGUAACAAAAUUUUAUAAAAUGGCGGUCGAUUCGCUCGCAGACAACCCGCAUAUAAAGAACAGGCUCAGGUAUACGAUAGUUUACGUAAUUAUGUGUUCAAAGCGAGACGAAACAGAUUUCUUUUCAUAUUCAGAUGUUACAACGUAGCGUAGGACUGGUUAUGCGUUUAUUGUAAGUUGUUGAUAUUUGCAAGUUUCAUAUACAGUCUGGUGUGCUGUGAACACGGUUUUAUACUCAUUCGUAUAUAUAUUUCUCUCUUUUAUACACGUUUAAAAUUUAAAAAAUAUACCGAUUAUUCAAUAGAAAUGUUUUAUUUCAAUACUUGAUCUUUUUACAAAAUACAACAGUGCCGAAGAUUUAGAAAAGUUCAGAAUUAAAAUUUAUAUUAUACAAGCUGUUAUACACGUAUGUUAUACACGUAUGUUAUACAGCAUGCCAGACGUUAAAUAGUAAUCAAAUAUACAUAUUGAUAUAUAAAACUGACACUUAGAAUUAACUGUAAUUGAAUAGAGUAUAAAGUUUAGUGCAAAUACAUGUUUAUCCGCAUACUCGUCUGUCCGUAUCGGGCACAACUAGGUUAUACUAGAACAAUUCAUUAUUUUCAUUCAAUAAUGUGUGUUAUUUCCUUAAGAAAUAGGUAUAGUUUUAAAUAACAAGAUCGCUAGACUAUUUGCUGACUAACACGGAAUGCUGAUUGAAAUUUAAACUUUCAUAUAAACAACAUAAGAUCCUUUAUAGAUAAUUAAUUUCCUCCUCUAAAGAAAUUUGGGCAAGAACCAAAUUGUAAACCAUACAAGGAAAAAUAAAAAAAAAACUUAUAUUUUAGCCGUUGGCGUCUUGUUAUUUCACACUACACUUUAAAAUUUUACUUAAAA